CCCGUUAUCUGCACGCCCGCUGUCAGAGGACAGUGAGAGCCUCUCAAGUACUCAGAAGAAGGGAAAAGUGGGUUUAGCUGGUUCCUUUGAAUCGAUGUUUUUUAAAGUUGAUCACCACCCGUCUCAGGCGAUGAUGUCUUUACCAGCCGAGGUCUUCCUUGAGCCUGUUCACAUGGCACCACGAGGGGACUUCGGGACAUCGGGUGUGGUGUGCGUAGCAUGUGCGUGCCCUGCGGGACUUGAGGGUAUGGGGAAAAACUGAAAAUGUAUAAAUAUACAUACACAGUGGGAUGAGUACUGCACAGUGCUUCGUAGCAGAGCGGCUCCCCACCAUGGGCCGACAAGAGCCGCAUCUUCUCGCCAGGGAGGGGAGCGGGGAAAAUGCUACUCCAGGAAAGCAGCCACCGGCCCCAUGUGGACCCCCAAACACAGCGGGACUGCGUAAAAUAAAAUGGGAGGGGUGUAGGGGGAAGGCAAAUCAACCCCUCAUUUGCAUCGUGCGCACAUUGCUGCACGCCGGUUGCGGCCAUCACGGUGCUGUUCUCCGGGACUCGGUGAAAAGAUGCGGCUUUUCGUGGGAAAGGACAUUUCUCCCCUGUCCCCGAGAAGCAUCACCGACUGUUUUCUUUCCCCCUCUAGGUGUUUCAUUCAGACGUACAAAAGAAAGCGUCACAUCUAAGGCUGCGCGGAGCUACACACUGCACCGUGCUCGACUCAGUCAAACCCGAAACGAGCUGCCAGGAACGUGCGCGUCCCGCGCAGCGCACUCGGGCAGCGCUGCAUCUCGCGGAUCGAGGGAUGCACGUAUGUCUGUGCACGCAGCUGUGAUCCCGGGUACCCGGAUCCUGCAGGGACGGGUGUGCGCGCCUCGGUGCGCGCCCGCAUUGUGUCGACAAAGUGUGAAAUAAUGCACUUCUCUAGAAAGUUGGGAGGAGA